AUGUCUGCUCCCUCGGCUCCUCCAAUUCUCGACUUCGCUCCAUUCUAUGGUGCCGAUAGCGAAGCAAAGUCCCAAUUAAUCGAUGAAGUUCGCAAUUGCUGCCACUACAACGGGUUCUUCCAAAUCACCGGCCACCGUGUGCCAUUGGAUCUGCAGCGACGUGUUAUGGAUUGUUCGAGAAGAUUCUUCGAUUUGCCUUUGGAAGAAAAGCUGCAAAUUGACAAAAAUCACAACUCGUUCAACAGAGGCUACGAACUUCUACGGUCGCAGAUGCUAGAAGUGGGCACCGGCCCCGAAUUGAAAGAAGGACUAUACAUCGGCGAAGAAAUCCCCGAAGACCACCCCUAUUAUCUGGAGAAGAAGCUCAACAGCGGUCCGAAUCAAUGGCCCCAGACUGUGUUGGACAAGGAUGAGUUCCAGAAAACAACAAUGGAGUAUUACCAUGCCGUUUUCGAAUUGGCAAAGGAUGUACUGGGUGUUCUUGCCCAGACUCUAGGUGUUGAGACUUCCUUUUUCGAGCCCCUCACCGACGGAGCCGUCGCUACAAUGAGAUACCUGCAUUACCCAGCUCAACCACAGGAUACAGACGAGAAGCUUAAUCGCGGAAUUGGAGCUCACACUGACUUUGGAUGCAUCACACUGUUGUUGCAAGACGAGGUUGACGGCCUCCAAGUCUUGGAUGCGCCAACGGGUCAAUGGCUUGAUGUCAAACCAGUCCCAGGUGCAUAUGUGGUGAAUCUGGGCAACUUGUUCAUGCGCAUGGCCAAUGACAAAUACAAAUCCAACACUCAUCGAGUGAUCAACAAGUCAGGCCGGCAGAGAUAUUCGAUUCCUUUCUUUUUCAGUGGAAAUCCUGACUAUGUUUGCGAGUGUCUGCCAAACUGCCGUGAUGAAGGAGAGGCAGCAAAAUAUGGCCCAAUCACAGUUCAGGAUAUGGUGACGGCAUCUUAUAAAGAAAGUUACGGUCGCGCGGAAAGUUACAAGAAGGAGAUGGAGUCUACCAAGCAGGAACGAAUUGCUGCCGCGUCUGCCGCUCCCGCCGUUGCUGCUAUCGGUGCUUAG